AUCGCGAUCGAACCAUACACAAACUAAUAUAAUAGUAUAAAAGGCUAAUACCACUACAACACCUGAACUAUCCGGAAAAUGCCACGUGUGUCCUAUUGUUUCCAAUAUUCCAUCUGUGUCCUGAACUAUUAUUCCGUUAGUGUUGACCGGCGUUGACCGUUAGUAUUUAACAGAAAAUCCAGUCAGCGUUGACGUGGCGUCUGACUUAGAAUUUUCAUUAUCAAUUUUCAUUUAUUUUUCUAUCUAAAAUUAUUAAAAUAAGGAAAAAAAAAAUAAAAAUUAUGGAAAAUUAAAAAAAUAAAACAAUAACUCAAAUCAAUUCACUUUCUUUCUCUCCAACUUCUGAAGAAAAAUUCGCACCUUCUCACCAAAACUUCAAUCAAUUGCAUCCGAUCCGUCGUUCGUCGCCUCAUCUCUGACCGUCCUUUUCCUUUGAUCUCCGAUGAACCCCCAUCGACGACCCUGCUUCUCUAGCCCUUUUUCUCUCCACAGGUCUGUCUCUCCUCUCCUGCACGAUUCCCUUGUUUCAAUGGAAUGGAGGUGGAGGAAGACACAGAAAAGCUGGCGGAGUGAGGAACGCAAGGGGAGGAGGAGUAGCUGGGCUCGAGCGCCUUCGAUGCUGCCGGUUUCUUCGCAGUGGAAGUAGACUGGAGCGGCGCCUUCGUCUCUUACUCAACUGGAUCUAUCGGCGCUCAUCGUCGACGAUUUUGCGGCGACGGGUUAUGAUCGAGCUGACUUCAGAUCCAUUGUCUGGUGUUUAAGGUGAUUUGGGAGAUUUUCCUGGUGGAUGUUGAAAAUGAAACGCAGAUCUAGAUUUGUAUUGGUGUAACCAGAAGAACGGAAGGUGGAAGGGAUUUUUCGAACUGGGAAAUCUUUUAGGGAGAGAGAGGUGAAUCGGCAUUCGGUUUGGGACCUUUAGCUUGGAAGACAUAUAGAUGGGAGUUUGAUCUUGCGUAGGUGGUCAUUGGGGGAGCCGCUGUGCUGGGAGGUUUUCCUCGCUCUUGCUGGAGAUUGGAAUGGGGUGAAUGGUUUGGAACAAAGCUCUCCGAAGUUGUGGUCGAUUGCUGCUGCCGCGACGACGGAAGCGAGGAGGAAAGGAGGCUGACUCGCGAUGGAAGGGAGAUGGAUCUGGUGACGGAUUCUCAGCUCCUUUCUCCAGCUACAGGUCUCGGCGAGUUGCAAUUCUCUCGGACGCCAAUCCCGUCCAGAUCCCCAAACUCAAAAUUAGGGAUUGCAAACAAAGGUUGAGCUGGCGUAACAAUGUUUGCAGCAGUGGCUCCGGUGGCGGCUCUUCCAUCUGCUUAUCCUCAGGAGGCUCCGGUGGCGGUGGCGCAACAUUGUUUGCAGCAGUGGCUCUAGUGGCUGAGGAUGCACAUUUUGCAGUCGAAAGAAGAGGAGGCGGAGGCGGAGAGAAGAGAAGAGAUUAGGUUAAAAAAUAAUAUUAAUUUUAGGUUAAAAUAAUAUUAUUGAAUUUAAAGUUUUUUCAAUUUUUUAUUUUCAAAAUUUUAUUUAAUUUAAAUUAAAAAUGUGAGGUGUCAAUGACUUGGCAUUGCCACGUAAGCAAAAGUCAAUGUUAAGUUGACCGCCGUUUGGUCAACUGUUAUCUUUAACGGUCAACACAAUUGGUAGGAUACAAAUGACACAAAAUAUAAUAGUUCAGAACACACAUUCGAAUAUUGGAAACAAUAAGACACAAGUAACAUU